GUUGAUGAGGCAACUAUCACCGCUAUUUUGACCAAAAGAACUAAUGCACAGCGCCAAGUCAUUAAGGCUGCUUACCAAAGUACAACAGGAAAGCCUCUGGACGAAGCUCUAAAGAAAGCUCUUUCUGGCCAUUAUGAGGAGGUUGUUUUGGCCUUGCUGAAAACCCCAGCACAAUAUGAUGCAAGGAGCUGAAAUUUGCCACCAAGGGAUUGGAACUGAUGAGGAUACACUGAUUGAAAUUUUGGCAUCAAGAAAGCAGGAGAUCAAAGACAUAAAGAUAGCCUACAAAGAACACUUUAAGACUGACUUGGCAAAAGAUAUCACUUCAGAUACAUCUGGUCAUUUCCAAAAGGGUCUGCUUGCCCUUUUAGAGGCUUCUCGAAGUGAAGAUGCCCGUGUGAAUGAUGAACUUGUUGAUAAUGAUGCCAGGGCUCUCUUUGAAGCUGGUGAACAAAAAAAAAAGGCAGAUGUGCCUGUUCUCAUCAACAUAUUGACUAGUCGCAGCUUUGCCCAUCUCCAGAAAGUUUUCCAGAGGUACACAACAUAUAGUAAGCAUGAUGUCGGCAAAGCAUUGGAUCUGGAGCUUAAAGGAGAUAUUGAAAAACUUCUUGUAGCCAUUGUGAAAGUUGCUUCAUGCAGAUCUGCUUUCUUCGCAGAAAGGCUUAAUUUGGCAAUGAAGGGUUCUGGAACCAAAGAUAGAGUUUUGAUUCGAAAUGUUGUGUCCCAUUCAGAAAAUGUAAUGAGUGACAUCAGGGUCCAAUAUAAGAGGAUGUUUAAUAAAGCCCUGCGCCAGGCCGUUUUGGAUGAAUGCAAAGGAGAUUAUCAAGCCAUAUUGUUGGCACUUAUUGGAGGAGCUUAAAUGUUUGACCAAUUCAAAGCAAAAGUUGUAAAACUAUUAAAGCUGAUGAACCUAGUGACCACCGGGAUAAUUAUGUGUAUCCUCAAUAUCUCAAUGACAAUUGAUAUUCCAUUGCAAUAAAAUUGAUUACACACAU